CUAACGCCGCCACUCCAACAUCUCCAUCUCCAUCUUGAAUUCAGCAUCUUCAAUUACCCAUCCCAUCUGCCUCACCAAAAUGGCUGCACACUGGUGGCUCCUCCGCGCAAUUCAAUCCUUCGAAGAUCACAUCGUCGCAUCCAUCCUCCGCCAACCAGGUUUCCACCGCGCAGUAACACGCAUCCACAAGACCAUCCACGAGAAGCAGCACGGACGAAAUCCUCACGAGCCCUUGGCGCCGGGCGAAGCGACGGCGGAUCCGAAUACUGCUGGGAAGAAUUCAGAGUUUGCGAAGCAUUUUUUGGAUGAGAUUAAGAAUCAGUUUAGAGGGAAGCCGACGGAUAUAACGAGGAAGUGAAGGAGAUGGAUUGACGAUUUUAUGAUACCCUGAAUAACUGUGAUGAUUGACGAUGGUGGGAGGUGUAAGAGGUGGAUUGAAAGAUGGAGAAUGGGACAGGCGACUAUGAACGACUCGUGCGAUCGAGCCUCGAAUGCUACAACCAUGUGCACGUCGCGGGAUCUGAAAUGGUCAGCGAGGAGAUGGACGGUAUCUAUUGAGGACGACUAAGUCGCCGGUUGAUCCGAGCAGACACCUCUACUUGAUCCUCCAGCCAUUCGCCUCAGCACCACGAUCUACGACCAACACGACGCACAAGACUCCGAUCAUCUCACCCAUGAAGCUUUAUCUGUCAGCGCCGUUAGCGAGAUCGUUUGGAAACAAGACGGUCGCUUUACUGUACAUUACCGCGCUUACGGGCUGCCAAUCAUACCGAUUACCGCUCCAUGUCUAUUCCUUCAUUGCUGAACCGUCUAUUGUUGCAAAAGCCAUGUCCAUCUUACAGAUUACACGGCAGACAACACGCCACCAUGUUUAUAUCUUUUCCGACCAACGCCGAUAAUUGCCCCCAUUUCUUCAAGUUCACCCUGCAUCGCCUUAAUCGACCAAGUCUUGGUGUAGUGUGCUGGGUAUGUGUACUCGUAGUGUCGUCGAGAAGAGCGACGAUCUCAGUGCUGGUAUCUUUCGAUGAUGUUUUCCACAUGGUGACUGAUGUUUAAGAGCGAAACACACCAUACCAGCAGCAAAGCCAGUUUUAUAGCCCAGGCAUUUGUCGCUGACAGUGAGCUUCUGUCAUCUCACGCGUGGUCAUCGUCUUACUAAAAUUCUGGAAAUAGCCGCGCCAAGUAUCACCACCAAAGUAAGUUUUUAGCCGUUCACCAACGGGCGCAACAACACCAACUCACCAACCAGCCAUCAAGAAUCACCGGCAGUCAUCAAAGACGUAGCUGACUCUGAGCUGUCCACCUCACGACAGCGUAGCAUACUGCCCCCAAUCAACCCAAUUCAUCGGCAGCCCGAUAUCCAGAUUCGCCUCCAGCGCAUCCUCCACAGCCCCCAGGUUAAAACUCGGAUCAAUAGCCCCAAACACAUCCGCCCCCGAGAUCGCAUCAAUCAGCGAAAAGUCCACGGCCUGCUCCACGCUCGGCACAGCAUUGACCAUGCUCGGAUUCGUCACAGCCACAGCACUCACCACCGCGGGCGCCGGCGACGGUGAUUCCCGCGUGAGCGUGUUAGCAGCGCGCUCCAUCUCCUUGAGCACCCGCUCGCCCAACCCGGCUACCACGUUGGCGCUCCAGAAGUAGUCGCCGAAUCUGCGGAGCAUCUCGCAGUUGCGACGGAAUGCGUGCAUGGCGCGCGAGCGGAACAUGGGCAGGCGGGAGUGGCGCAUCUUGCGGUACUCUACGCUUAGGGCGAGGCAGACUGCGUAGGGGACGAAGGGCAUGGGGGAGAGGUGGUCGCGCAGGACGGCGCAGGCGAUGCGUUCUGCUGCGAGGGAGCGACGGGCGUUGGCGGAGGGGGGAGGCAGGGUAGAUGCUGCUGUCAGUGUGCCUGGGCGUGGGAGACGACAUGAUAGGAUGAUGACGGCGUGGUAGAAGGUUUCAAUCGUUGCUGGGAUUAUUAGAUGUGUACUUGACUGAAUGGGAGACUUACCGAUUAGUGAACCUGGUACUUUGAGGGCAUCGGCGUUGACGAUCAUGGCCUCGAGAACUGGAAGAUCAAUAUACGCAAUCUUAUCCAGCCCGCUCGCCUCAGCACUGGGGCCCGGGCGAUACAGCUCAAUGACCUGAUCCAACCACUGCACCACACUCAGAAACAGCCUAAAGCACGGCGGUCUCUUCCUAAUACACCCAUCCAGAUUCGCGCCUAUAUCCCUCUCAUGCAUAACACACGGCCUCCCAUAAACCGCCGCGUUAAUCCGAUCAACCGCCCAAACCGCACAAAACAGCGUCUCCAGCUCCUCAGAGUUGGGCCCGUCGUAUCUCAACAGGUGAAGACCUAAAGUCUGGAUGUGGUGAAUAGCGCGGCCGCCCAGUUGUGCGGGGAGGUCUGCUUCUUCGGAGGAGUUGGGCUGGGUGUAUAGCGAUAAGAGGAUGAGGGCGCGGAUGUGAAGGACGCGAUCUGUUAUGAUGCUUGUUUCGAGGAUGGCGCGGACGGCGGAGGAGAGGGAUUGCAUAAAGUCUUGGCAGGGGAGGAGAUCAUCGCCUUUGUUCUGGAGAUGAAGAUACAGCGCCAUGCUUGGGUCUGUAGAUGCGGCGAGACAGAUGAGUUGUUUCAGCACCACACUCACUGGUUCAUCACCCUCCAGCGCAGACUCCGGUAUGAUCGGCAUGAUGGGAUGAAUCUUUUCCAGAUACAGUGCUUUUAAUUUGAGGUAGUCUUGCUGUGGAGGCAGACACGAUAGACAGUGCUCUUUGACAAACGGUAGUAAGAACUGAUCCAUUAUCGGCGGUGGUCGCGAAGUGAUAAAUUGACUUGCUUGACCGGGAU